AUGGGAAAUUAUUUAGAAAAACCUAGAGACUGUUUUGAUUAUAUCGAAACAAUACAAACUAAAUGUAUCAUUAAGAAACUUAGAAAACAAAUUUUUAAUAAUCACUAUGAAAAGUAUGAAGUUCUUAAAGACAAUCAAAUGAAUGGAAUUGGGGAUUUGUUGCAUUCAUUCCAACGAACUAUUUGGAAGGGAAAUUUUUCCUCACCAGUAGAAAAGAAUUUACAUAAUGGUGCAAAAGUACUUGGCCUUGGAUAUGGCACAAAAUCUUUGCUCAAUGAUCUUUGCAAUGAAUAUCCAAAAAGUUCUUUUGUGGGGAUAGGUCACAAGGAAACUUUUAUUUCAGGAGACAAUAAGAAUUUAAAAUUUAUUACGCACAAUUUUCUUAAAAAUGGUAUCCCAUAUGAGGAUAAUACAUUUGAUUUUAUUUAUAUGAACAUUAUGACGAAAUGUUUUACGUGUGUCGAAUGGAAGAACCUUAUCGCGCCAGAAAUUUUUCGAGUUUGCAAACCUGGUGGUUGGAUUGAAAUCAUCGAUUCAGAUUUUAGGAUAUAUAAUGCUGGACCCAAAACAGAGCUUUGCAGUAAAAAAUGGUUAAGCGCAACCGGUAUCUCUUCCAAUAAAAUACCUAAUUUGAAUAAAUUACAAAAUAUAGUGAAUUCAUAUCAAGAACUUAAUUUUACGACUAUUAAAGAAAAGAUUUGUCCUUGGUAUCCAAUUCAAACUAAAUAUUCUGAUGAGCCUUACGAAAUCGUAAGCGAAUUUCUAGAUUUAGUCUAUCCAUGCAUGGCCAAACGUCUAGAUUUAAAUCGUGAAGAUUAUACAAAAUUAUCAGCGCAAACGAUUGUAGAGAUUGCUGAAAAUAAAACAUAUAGUAAAUCAUAUCGGAUGAUAACACAAAAAAUAAUUCACUAA